GUCUGGUUUCUCUAGUACAUCUAGUUGUCUGCCCUUAUCAAGUACACCAGAUUCUUACCAACCGUCUGGCAGGGUGGACAGUAUUUCAAGAACAAAUUGGAAUUUAGAAUUAGUGCUAAGUUCAGAAGCCUGUAUGCGGAAGAAAGCAAAGUUGAACUGGUGUCCUAAGAAGCGAAGAAGAUUUAAAAGGAUUGUCAUGGAAACGGAUAACCAAGAACAGUCUAAUCAAGACGACACAGAAGUUCUUGUCGAAUCUGCUGAGCCGACGCCAUUGGUGAUAUCGUCUAUUACAUCUGAAGCAGUUGGAGAAUCGGAAGCAGUUGCUGAGUCGUCCGAGUUUCUUGAAGAAGAAGAACCUGCAGAUAAUAACGAGUUGAUGGAAAUCCCGCAGUGCCCGAAUCCUUUGCAGUGUCGAUAUUGUGGGAAAGUUUUUACCCGUUCUUUCUACCGCAAAGAACACGAACGCAUACACACGGGUGAAAAACCAUUCUCUUGUAGCUUUUGCGGUAAGCGGUUUAAUAGCCAAGGCAGCUGCCGUAAACACGAAAGAACACACAUGCGUAGCAAGAACCGAACACACGAAUGUGAACAUUGUGGCAAAAACUUCAAGGACAUGACAACUUUGCGAACUCAUCUAAGAACCCAUACUGGUGACAAACCUUAUUCGUGUGACGUAUGUGGGCGAUCAUUUAGUUUCGAAACCGUUCUGAAAAAACACAUGAUGUUCCACAAUGGCCAGAAACAGUUCCAAUGCAUGGUUUGUAGCAAAUCGUACUUUACCGCAUACGAUCUACGCGUGCACGUGCGCUCACAUACUGGCGAAAAGCCAUACAAAUGUCAUUUUUGUAGCCAAUCAUUUGCGACCGGAAGGAGGAGGAAUCUGCAUGAAAAGUGUCACGAGAAGACAGGAGCGCAUCAUUGCAAACAAUGUGGAAUGAUAUUUAGAUCAGUAGAAUCACUUGCACUACACCAAGUAAAAAGUCAACUAGCCGGUGGUUGUAGUUAUAUAAACAACACUCAUCAAACAAUGACUAAUGAAGAUGUCACUCGCGAACCAAAUCAUUACGAAAAACCCAAUGAACAAACUGAUACUUAUAACCAUUACAACAGUUUAAACGAAAACGAGGAGUUUGAUAUUGAAUUUCUUGGUCAAACGAUACAUGACAGCAACCCAUUCGGCAGUCCGAAUAACUCUCAAACAUAUGAGGUACACAAAACUAAUAUUUAUCCAACUGGACUUCUGAAAUCUACCGAAAGAAGCAUAAAGAAGGAACCUAUUUCAGACCACGAAGUUUACAAUAAUGAGGAGUAUUAUGAAAAUAUGUCCAUUGAAAGAUCUAUUCAUCCAAGCGCUACGCUAGAUCAAACAAGUGCUUCAUCUCGAAUGCUACACUCGCCAGUUCAGUCCCGAAACUUUUUUGAUAGACCAUUACCUGAACCACAACAACUUUCUGUUAUUUCUACAGACGAAAAGGCCGUUCAGACAAUUAUAUUAUCGGAUACAGAUAAACUAUUUUGCGACAUGGAAACGGCCGGAAAGGUUCAUGAAUGUAAGCACUGUCGGAUCAUUUUCCGAGAGUAUAGCAUGUAUUUGGUGCACAAAACACUGCACAUUAAUCCAGUGAAACCAUUUGUUUGCCAUUUGUGUGGCGAUGAGGCGGAAAAUGGCGUUGAUUUUAAUGCCCAUCUCAUAUGGCACAUGAAAUGAUCAAAUAAAACGGGACAUAAUCUUUCCAGUUGAUUGGAUUUUCGUAAUCUUAAAUGGCAGCAAAGCUGGUGCUUACUAACGAAAAUAUGAACUUAAUGUAAUAAUCUGGAAUCAAUCAUCUAAUCAUUUGCUAAAGUUUAAAAGAAAAAUCAAUUUUGUUUUUAUUUUAUAUCCCCCUACGAAUUAAUG